CGCUGGCAUUUUGGCGAGACGCGGUCACACCGAGGGCAACAGCUGCUCGCGGGUAGAAUAUCGAAAAGUGUAACCGAAAAAAGACAAUUGUGCAACUGCUGCGAAAGCGAAACACAAUUGAACAAAAGAGCGCGCAACAUUGUUGGUAGCUGCCCGUCCGCGCGUGGAUUUGUGCAUUAAGUUAAAAAAAAUAUUCAUCGCAGCAAGAUGCACAGCGCUUGGUGACACAGAAUGCAGAUUGCUGGGCUCUUGCAUAAAUUCCGUUAGUAAUUCUAACUAUUUCAACCGCCCUAUAUUUCCUUCUGUUGUUGUAGUUGUGCGCGUGUGCAAUAUGUGUGUGUGUGUUUGCCAUGGUGUCUAUAUUAGCUUAGCGAUAUAUUUAUAUUCCUAAUUACAAACGCUGUGUCUGCGGUGGUCGCGUUGCCGAAUUAAAAGAAAGCAUUUCAGUUUCCCAUCGGCGGGCGCAGCUCAAACAUUGCAGCUCGUCAACAUUGCAACGAACUAACGGUGCUUACGUGCCACACAACGCACACCACGUACCGCCAUCCCCUCCCGGGAUCGCCUUCACCUUGAGCUGCCUGUCAAUUCUCGGCAUCGCUUCCUAUUUAUUCGCUGCCCCCAUUCUAACGGAACUUCUAGCGGUGUCAAGGUAGCCGAACCACACACACACUUACACGCGCGUGCACACACACAUGCUGACAACAGCUGUGGCGGAAACAGCUAUUUCUAUUGAAUAUUAGUGCCACCAAACAUAAAUUCGAAACGGGUUUAUUUAUUUUGUAUUAUAUUAUUGUAUUCGCAAAGACAAGGCGGUCGGCACUCGCACAUCACGUGUUUGACUCAGGCUACAAAUUUGUGGCCCACGAUCUGCUCUCAUUUGUGGUUGCGAUGUUCUCACUACAGCAGUUGCUCAGAGCGACAGCGACGUCGAAUGGCGGCAACGAUCUCAGCCGGCUGCUGCGCCACAUCGGCGGCGUGACGUCAGGAGCCACAACGACACUGUGCACAGCGCCAGCCACAAAGCACUCUAGUCAGGCGAAGUUCGGCGACAACAGCAGUCACGGUUCGCCCUCGCACACGGACGGUCGCAGUCACGGUGAAUCAGAGUCGGAUUUGGAGUCGGCGCACGGCCAGAAUUUCACAGCACACCAUUUCGCCCGACGGAUACUUCAGCAGCGCAGCCAGGACAUCCAGCGCCACAUCCACACGCAGUCAGCCAAAGGACAGACCCGAGCCAAGUCCUCGCAGCAAAAUCAGCAGCAGCAGCAGACCGCCACCAAGUUCGCCAUGUCAUCGCUAGCAGCCGAGCCCCUGCAGUCGCAGAAACCGGAUGAAAUCACGGCCAGCACAGGCGGCAAUGUGGAGACGCCCGCACUAGGCGCAUCCUGCCACGAGGUGGCCUCCGCAUCGGCCAGCGCCGGCAAGAAGCCCUGCUUCAGCUCGGGCCUCGGCGAGAUACUCCAGUUCAUGGAGCUCAUCGGCAACCUAAAGCACACAAAACGCACCGGAUGGGUGCUGCGUGAUGUCAACGACUGCGAAUCAAUUUCGGGUCACAUGUACAGGAUGAGCAUGCUAACCUUCCUGCUGGAUGGCAGUGAGGGACUGAACCAGAUUCGCUGCAUGGAACUGGCACUGGUACACGAUUUGGCUGAGAGUUUGGUGGGUGACAUAACGCCGUUCUGCGGGAUUUCCAAAGACGACAAGCGAGCCAUGGAGUUCAAGGCGAUGGAAGAUAUCUGCAAGCUGAUCGAGCCCCGUGGAAAACGCAUUAUGGAACUGUUUGAGGAAUACGAGCAUGGGCAGACUGCCGAGAGCAAGUUCGUCAAGGAUUUGGAUCGCCUGGAUAUGGUCAUGCAGGCGUUCGAGUACGAGAAGCGGGACAAUUGCCUUCUGAAGCACCAGGAGUUCUUCGACUCAACGGAGGGCAAGUUCAACCAUCCGUUCGUUAAGAAGCUGGUCAACGAGAUCUACGAGCAGAGGGAUGUCCUGGCGAAGGCAAAGGGCGCCACCCCGCCGCCGGCCAUUGAGGUGCCUAGCAUGGAGAGAUCUUCGAAACUUGUUAACGGGCAUGACGGCUCGAGUUGAGCGUUAUUCUAGGAACCCGUCUUAGGCUAGCACAUGAACACAUCCUCACAUACAAACCACCACGCUCUUAAUUUGUAAGCCAAUCCAACUAACAAACUGUUAAGCCUACCUCGACACGCUCAUAGCUAGAUCUAAUUCUUAACUCACUAAUUUAUUGCGAAAGAAACAGAAAAGAUGGAACCGAUGGGAAGUAGCUAAAUGGAAAUAUUAUAGUGGACACACACACCUGUUGAACACGUCUCCUUAGUUCGUUUCCUCUAAGUUAAGCGUAAAGUUGCGGAUCGAGUUUUAUCAAUAUAUUCAAUUGAUCUGACUUAGGAACCCAAUUGUAAAUAACUUAAACGAAUUGUAGUCUAUUUAAAACGUAUAUUGACCUUAAUUAUUGUAACAUUUGUCCUAAAGAAAUUUUAUUCAACGAACCGAAUGUCUAAAUCAAAACGAAAGAUCAGAAUCAAAAUCAAGUUAAUUGAUUUUUUAAUAGUUUGUUCACACGUGCGUUACUUUUACCCUUGAAUCGAACAAUUGUCACCAAAAUUAUUAUUAAAAUUACAUUGUGAAUUAGGCAAUAUAAAGAUGCAGUCACUCAUUAGACGUGGCCAAAAGACAAAG